AUGAGCCAAGCGCAAGAAACUUCGGAAUCGGAAACACCCGGGCCUUCGGAGCCGAGAGAGCAUACCUUGAGGGAAUGGCGGGAAGAACGCACCACUUUGUACUUUGGCGAUGUCGUUCUGGCGAGAAACGGAAGAUCCAGCCAAUCCAUUUGGUGGAUCGCCAGAAUCGACUUCGUCAAUCCCGAGCUGUGUCCGACAAGGAAGCAGAAACGCACUCCAAAUCUGGGAAAUGCCUUGGGAACACAAGCUUACGACUGGGACUUCAAGUGGCCUGUGUUCUUCUACGGAACACACGAAACAACGUGGCUUUCAGAGAGAGACCAGUUGCAAAGAUUGGUGAGACAAGACCAAAUUCCCGAGUUCAAUCGUGCUUGGCAAUACUCAAGCAGUCAAUACGAAAAAGCCCUCUUCGAGUGGUAUACCGACCCAUGGAUUUGCCAAGAGACAUGGGGCGACGUUAAAGGCACCAAAUUCAACACUCCAGUAUUGAGAGGAUGGUUAGCCGAAGAAAAGCCUCAUUGUGACGUUAUCCCGAAUUACUGGCUCCCCAAUAUCCGACGGGUAAAAAAAGAGCAAGUCAACGUCGUUGAGGAGGACAAAGAAAAGGACGCGAUUCAGAGGGAAUACAAACAGGCGCUUUUCAAAGUCAAAGAUAUGUAUUAG